AUGGACACUAAAACGCAAAUCAUCGACUACGAUGGAAACAUCAUGGAGGAUCUAAAAGAGUGGAUGAUUAGGAACAAGCUAGCCAAUCUCGGGUUCAACUACAACGUGAUAGCAAUUUUGGGGAGCCAGAGUAGCGGGAAAAGUACCCUGCUGAACAAUUUAUUUAAAACGUCAUUCGAUGUGAUGAAUACCAAACUGGGUCAUAGCCAGACAACCCAGGGGUUAUGGUUAAGUUUCGACACAUUUGAGGAUAGUUCGGCUGGCCCCUCCGAGCAGGGAAGUACCACCAGGAAAGUGAACCCCACGCUGAUUUUAGACGUCGAGGGGAAUGACUCCAAAGAAAGGGGAGACAACCGCCUAACCUUUGAGCACAGAUCAGCGCUGUUCUCUUUAGCGCUAGCGGACUGCGUAAUUGUAAACCUGUGGUACCACUCGUUAGGGAAUUUCACAGCAUCGAAUUAUGGACUGUUAAAAACGGUGAUGGAGGUAAACCUGGAGCUGUUUCAGCAGGAUGAAAAUUGCCCCAAAACGAUUUUGCUCUUCACAGUGAGAGACUGGUUCGAAGAGUUCGCGUCGAUAGACAUUGUGAAGAAUAAAAUUGUGGAGGAGUACUUAAACAAAAUUUGGACCGAAAUGAAAAAGCCACCAGAGGCAGAGAAAGUAAAUAUAAGUAACUACUUCAUCGUAGAAGUGGUAGGGUUAUCUCAUGGAAUUAUUAAAAAGGAAGAAUUUUUAAAAGACGUAGAAAAUUUAAGGCAAAAAUGGAUCAACCAGUUGAGACCUCUCCAAUAUUCGAGGAACAUCCCUUCAGAUGGUUUCGCCCACUAUUGCAAUAACAUUUGGAACACCAUCGUGAAGCAAUCCCAGUUGGACAUUCCAUCCCAGAAGGAAAUGCUAGCAACGUUUAGAUGCCAGGAAAUUAAAAAUAACGUGAUUAGUAAUGCGUCCAAAGUGAUAAAGGAGAAGUUAGCCGCGUCAUCCUCGCAACAUAGUAGUACCUCCAUUGAUGAGUUUAAACCCUGGGCUGAAAAGGAAGUGGUGGAAAAGAGCCUCGAUGAAUACUUUGUAGACGCCUCCCGGUACACAGAAAGCAUAUGCCUAAAGACGUCAGAAGAAUUGCUGGACAGUCUAUUCAUACAAUUGCAAACCAUCGUGGAUAAUAAUUUGAAUUUUACGCAGAGGGUGCUGGCGGCCAAAUUUGCAAACGAGCUGAACACCAUGUAUAGCGUUUGCGCCUCCGACAAGAAUGUGUUCCUCUUCAGCAAGGAGUCCAAUUUGCAGGUGCGUAAAGACGGCAAGGGGGGGAGUAGCCCAUCCGCGGGUGAUAAGAAGGAUACGAAGGAUACACGUAGCAGCCAAGACAAAUGCAUUCGCCUGUGGUCCAGUUUCCUUCUCAAUGCGGAUAAGCUAGAGUACAACACGCUGUGCAAAUUCUUUGAGGAUUACCAAAAGUGCAACAUUGAAGUUAAGAAAAGAAAUAAAACCCACGAGUUUAAUUAUAAGCCCUCCUUGAGCAUCCUCUCCACGGCCAUUUGCAAAGACCUUAACAGAAUUAGAAAUGCGCAGCUCACCGUCCUGUUGGACCGAACCAGGGCCACCAUCAAAAGUAGAUUUAAAAAUAUGGAAAGUCUCCUCAUCACCACGAAGAACCCGGAGGAGUACUGGAAUCACACGCUCAAAAUUGUUAAGGCGCUGCAGGAAAGUAUAAAUAGCAAUCUCACCAAGUGCUUCAUAAAUCUCAAAGGGGGAGGAGCGGGCCCAGGUAGUAUCACCACCGCUGGCAUUAUUCCAAAUGGAGGGUUAUAUAACGACGAGGAUAAUACAUUCCAUGAGGAUAACCUGGUCGAAGCACACAACUCGCUCAGCGAUAAUCAAACUGGUCAUGAAAACGACCAUUACGUAGAGGAAAACCUCCUAAACUUCCACAAAAUUGACGUAAUUAAAAACAAAGGCAAAUACAUCAGCACUGUAGGAGAAGAGAUUGACAAGCAGGUGAAAAACAAAAAUGCCAUUGCAGAACUGAACAGCUACUACCUAGACGAAAUAAUGGAUGUACUUAAAAGUAAGCUAGACGAAAUCUCAGACAAUUUAUCCUCCAUCAUAAUUCAAAGAUUUGAGUCUGUGUUUAAUUACGAUGAUGCGGAACAACCGAGACAGUGGCGUGAGAUCUCCAUGGCGGAAUUGAAAAAGAUUUUCCGAGAAUCCAAAAAUUAUGCUUUUCUAAUUAUUGACAUUCUUCAGAAAAAUGUUCAGGUGGAGAUCAUUGAUGAUUACUUACCAAAUAAUUUUAUAAAAGAUGAAAUUGUUGAGAAGGGGAAGAAUAAGGCCAAGCGGAAGAUCCAAGAAAUGUGCAGAGAUGCUCAGUAUAUCCAGGAAACCGGUGCUAAAAUGAGUUUAAAAAAUGUGCCUCUUUUUUUCUGGGUUAUUUUGUUAAUCCUAGGAUGGAACGAGCUUUUAUUUUUUACUCGCUUCUUUUUCCGCCUGAAUAUCAUUUUGCCGCUGUUCUUGGCCGCCGCCGUCAUUCUGUCGACCCUCGUUUUUAAUGGCAACAUGGAGGUGCUUUCCAUCAUCAACAAGGCGGUAUUUUUCCUGGCCAAGAAUUCGUUCGGCGUUUACCGGCAGUUGCAGGCGAUGGGCGGCAAGGCCGCGCAGGGGGCAGCGGCGGAUUAG